AUGUCUUUUAAACCCUAUACUCAGUGUAGGACGACUACUAAGGAUUCAUUAUUUUCGGAAGACAUCACCACCCAGGAGUGGAGUAGCUGUGCUCAUCCCCCGGCCACAACAAAGUUUCUUGUAGGCCAAUCGGGUGCUUGUAGGGCUGGUGACCUUCGAUAUGUCGUGGCUCAGGCUUCUGCCCUUAUGGUUGUUGCCGCUGACCGAGUUUACUGCUCUGGCACGAAUGAAGCACAGAUAAAAACUUUGCAAGAUGCCAUUGCAAGCUUAAAGGAGGAACUCCGUGAUUCAGAGUCUGAACGUCGACUACUGUUUGAGCAAAACUGUAUUGUGGCCUACGAGAAAGUGCUUCGGAAGAUCAUGUGGCCACUUUGGAAGGACAAAUAA